AUGGGAGAUGAACUCAUGUUAAAAGCAUCUAAAAGUGAAGUUUCCUUUAUUUUAAUUUCAGUUUUUGAUGAUGAAGAAGAAAGCAAGCUAUCAUAUACAGAGAUUCAUCAGGAGUACAAAGCUCUGGUUGAAAAACUACUAGAAAGUUAUCUUAAGGAGAUUGGAAUUAAUGAAGAGAAAUUUCAAGAAGCAUGUUCAUCUCCUCUUGCAAAGUCACAUACGUCACAGGCCAUUUUGCAACCAGUAUUGGCAGCAGAAGAUUUUAGAUUAUUUAAAGAAAUGAUGGUACAGAAAAACAUUGAAAUGCAGUUGCAAGCCAUUAGAAUCAUUCAAGAAAGAAAUGGUGUGCUACCUGACUGUUUGACAGAUGGUUCUGAUGUGUUCACUGAAAUUGAACAACAAGAAAUGAAAAUACUCCGAGAGGUUCUUAGGAAGUCUAAAGAAGAGUAUGAAAUGGAGCAGGAAAGGAAAAGGUCUAAAGAGACGCAUGAUAAAUUGAAUUCGUCAGAUAUUACAUACAGCUGUCAUGGAUAUUCAAGAGAAGCAAAAGUUAAGGAAUCCACUGAAGAUACUGAGAGAAUUGAUGAUUCUGAAGAAAUUGCAAAAUUAUCAUUAGAAGAAACAAAGAAAUAUAUUAGGGAAGAUUUAAGUCCAGUGCACCAUCUACUAAGAGUGACAAAAUCUCCUCUGCAGCCUUCUGAAUCUACAAAAGUGAAAGAAGAAAUUAAGAAAAAGACAACUGGAAAUUGUUCAGAGAAUGCAACAAGAGAAGCUGGGCCUGAGGGGCUUAAUUUAUCAGAGCUUGAACUGCACCACCUCAGACAACGAGAAGGCUAUUUAAAACAGAAGCGAGAUAAACUGAUGGCUAUGAAGAAGGACUCAAGAAAUAAUCUGCCAACACCAAAUAUAGAUCAGAAAGAAGAGCAAUUAUCUUCUAAAGAGGAAAUGUCAGAAGAGGAAAAGCAAAGACUGCUAAAGAGGAGAAUGCUUGCAGCAAAACUUAAAGAAGAAGUUAUUAAUAAGCGUUAAGAAUCUCAAUGUAAGAAUACUUGGACAAGAACUGAAUUCAUUUUAGAAUAAAUUAUUUAAUCAUAAACUGCUUGCUUUCAAAUACAGUAUCUUGUUUUUCUAAAAAAACAACUCAAUUCUUCAUAUACAUAUUUAAAACUAAAUUGCAUCCACAGUAGAAACUUGAUUUCUCACCUUUAUCCAGUGGGCCAAGAUUUUCUAAAGUGCUGACUUUUCUGGGAUCUAUUGGGUACUUAGCACUUUAGAAGAUUAGGCUACCUACUUAGGCAGCAUCUCAAUAAUUAUGAUGUAUCUUAUCAGAGAACACCUAGGAACUCUAGCCAUGAAUCAGAUUGCCCCUGUGCAAUAAGGAUGUAAGGUCCUGCCUUUAGACAUCUAUUUUUGUAAAGCUUUGCCAUAGCCACUUAUUUAAAAUUAUACCUUGACAAUUUUCUAUAAAACAGAACAAACAUCUCUACAGGUUGAUGGAUUCUUUACCCCCCUCGCAACACAUUAUGAACAUUUCUAGAAUGUGGGAAACACCAUCUAAAGAAAUCUUACACCUCUUGGUUAGGGAACUGAAAUACAAAACUUGGUUUGUCUUCCUUUUAUUAGUCUGUGAUUAAAAGGAAAUUAACGAAAAGGGAAAUGCCAUCUUGAGAGUUGUUUGAGACACAGGAAAUGCAGAUAAAGCUUCUGGAAUCAUGAAACUGGGGUGGCUUAAAAUCACAGAUUUUUUUUUAAAUUUUAGUUAAAUUGGAUUUGUUUUUAAAAUAACCAAUAAAACACCAAAUUUCUUAUUUAAGAGUAACAGAUAACAUCUCAUCACAAACAUGCUAUACACACAUUUAAUGUCUCAUAAGAGUGAAUUAAUUGCUCUAGUCUGUCCAGCCUAACUACCAGUUCUUGCUUCUUGAAAGUUCUGGCCUUUCAAUUUCUGUUUCUCAGCAGACUAAAAAGUAACAUGGAGCAAAGACAGACACUCACUGGAUAGGAUUGUUUUUGUUCUGUGCUUAUGUGUUGGACAACUUUGGCCAAGCAUGGCAGAGGAAUUGGAGUAUGUCUUCAGACAUUGUCUUAAGACAGAGACAAUAUAUAGGAAAUAACGAAAGCAGAAUAGAAAGCAACAGUAGAGUGGACUGGAAAGAAAAAGGGAAGAUAUUCAGCACACACAGCGCUUUCUAUAUCCUCCCACACCUUUGCCAUAGAAAAACUGUCAUGGCUUCCGGGCGUGAAAGACAUCUUUUCUGGGAAUAUUUUGAAGAAAUGUGUUACCUGGAUAAAGGAAAACAUGUCAAGUGUAAGCAGUGCAAGAUGAGGAUUCAGGGCCUAGUUGCAAGAAUGAACCAUCAUAAGGGAAACUGCUUAUAGGGAGAAAAUGAUGUGGAUAUGACUAUGUGGAUCAACUUUGCAGUGCAUUAUUCUUUGAGACACUAUGCCUUUUAGUAUAAAAGUACGAUUUGACAAGUAAAUUUACAAGCUGUUUGCUAUGUUGGAUGUUGCUAGAAAAAAAUGGUUUAGCUAAUCCUUAUGGCUUGUUUAAUUAACUAGGUUUAGAAUCUGUCAUCCAAGUACAGGAUGAAUGUCUCCAGUCCAGUCCAGACCUGAGCAGUGCCAAAACAGAAUUUGCUGAACCACAGGAGAUCAAUAUUGUCUAGAAGCAUUACCAACACUUCUGCUGCUUACUGGGCUCUUAGAAGACAUUAAGGAGUAAAAAUUAGACAAACAAAAGUACAAAAACACAGAGCCAGAACUGGUGGCUGCAAAACUAUUGAGACUGUGGGAAACUUAGUUUCUAUUUGGCGAACUAAAAUCAUGCUCGACCAUGGAUGUUGCCAGACCAGACAGUGCCAAACUAAACAGGUUCAACCUGUUUACAGCACAGAAAGCUGCAGUAAGAGAAAUCUCAAGUCACCAGUUGCCACUAUCAUUUUAUAUUACAUAAUACAUGCUCCUUAUUUUGGACUUCAUGGCCACAGACCACAAUGGUAAUGCCAUAAGUCUAUUUCUGAUUUACUUCAGUAUAACAGCUUUUCCAAGGGAACCCAUUCUAUAAUUGUUUUAUUAAAAAACGUAAGUGCCAGUAAGUUCAAUGGGUUGUCAGUUUUAGCUUUUUUGGAAACUUUAUUUCCAAUCAUUUUUUUUUAAUUUAAAUUGUGAUUUAAAUCAAUCUAUCCUGCAUGAAACACAUUUCAUAGUAACUAUAUAUUCCAUUGUUUUUAUAAGCUUUUUUGGACCAAUUUAAUGGUGGUAGCCUGUAGCAAACUACAACUUUUAAAAGUAAAUAUUUGUCUCAGUUAAGUACAGUGUGAAAACACAAUCUAGUCCAAGAACUCAAAAUUCCAAUAAAUUUUUGCAGUUUUGUUCACUAGACUACUAUACUGUCUGGCCAUAAAUACUGCUUAGAACAUUUCUCAGCAAAGAGGCUGUAAAAUGUAAGGAUUCAUCACUAACAGUGCUUGAUUGCAACCAUAACUGAGGAAAAAACCACCCAAUCAAUCAACAUUUCAUGUAACUUUUUAUUAAAAUAGUAUUUAUAACAACUGAUACAUGUUGGCAGAUGUAUUUUUUUUAAAUCUGUAGUGGAGGGGCCCCAGGCAUUAGAAUGUGUCUGUCCCCUAGCUGAAUGCAGACAGAAUAUAAUUCUUCAUAGAUAAAUGAACUUUGCCUGAGGCAGGUGACCCUGGAUAUUAGCCAGUUUGAGUGGGAGCUCCAUAUGUCACCCUCCAAAGGGGAUUUAAAAAGUUUGAUAAAAAUGUUCAAACCUUAAGAUGACAUCAAAUGUCUGUUCAUAAAGUUUUAUUCUUCUAGCGUAACUAUAAAAAAUUCACAACAUUCAUAUAUUUGCUAUAGAAAAAAGGCUCAUGAGCUGAUCUGAAUCUAUCCUUAAAGCUCUUGGCAAUUCUUCAAAAGGGAAAAGAGAAAAAAGAAAAACAAACUUUUUAAUCAAAAACUUUGUUUAGGAUAUUUUUGUUAGGAAAAUACUUGGGUUGAGGUCAGGUGUUUUCAAGCCUCUGAAGGGAAAAGGCACACUGCAUCACUUGGGAGCCUUCUUAGUGGUAGUUGUGUAGUAGGAAAUUGUCUUUUUAAGCAGAGAAAGACACGAUUUGUCAGGGGGAAAAAAUGGAGAUCUGGAGAGCAAGCAUAUGGUAAACGAUAUUCCAAUCGCACUUGAACCAGCUUCCUUAGUCACUGCCUUUUAGUUGGAGGCUAUCUUACCAAAUGGGUAAGAGGAAAGGCCUCAUUCUUGGUUGCCUGGAGCCCACAAGGGGUAACAAUAAUUCCCCCAGGUCCACCUGCAUUAAUUUUCAAAUCAGAAUGCUUUGUGUCUAGCUUACUGGUUGGUAAGAACUCCUGCAUUCUGCUUGGUAUUUGAUCUAGUGGUAUGUAAUAACUGUUUUAAAACUGCAUGAAUAGUUUGUCUUAGUAAAGAAUACUUUAAAAUGGGCCACAUUCAAAAUUAUGAGUUAACUUACCAUGUACAACAAACCAAACAAAAGCAAUAAUUAUGGAAUUACAGGGUCACAUUUUAAUUCCUGAAUGUUACAGUUCAGCAUUAAUAUCACCACAUGUAUACAAAUGGUGUAAAACAAGUACAGUGGCAUUUUUAAUACAAAAUAAACUUCUGCUUUAUGGAAAAAAACUAUACUUCAUAUCUACACAGACAAGUCCAUAUUUUCCAAACAAUAGCUAAAAUUAAAAUUAACUACAAAAUCUCAAACAGGUAAACCUGUUUCAGUUUAAACUAUUUCAGGAGAAAUGGACCCAUAACACAUAUUACAAGAGUGAUCAUCUAUGUGAUGGAUUGCAGCUGGUUUCAUAGUUUAACGUCUGACACAUUAAUUGUAGAUUGGUUUUUUCCUCACUUCAGCAUGAUCUCAGAUCAUAUAUGGGCAAUUAACAUUAAAAUAUUUACAGUUCACUUGCUGCUCUUUGAAAAUAAAACCUCUUAAACUGUUUACCAUCAAUUUCUUUUUUUUCUUUUUUUGCAAUUAGUUUACUUACACGGAAUGUGCUUUUACUCUUAAAAAAGCAGCUUUCAUAUUACACACAGGUUCAGGUGCUGCAUACUGAUUCUGCCUCAAAUAUAGAA